CGUUUUCUGACCACUCUCGCUCUGCCUCCUCUGUCGUGUCACCGGAGAGACAAAAAAAAAAAAAAAAAAAAAAAAGAGGAAGGAAUAUGGUUUCGUCUGACGCUCCUCCCGUUUCUGCUGUAGCGGAUCUGUAGUAGGGACAGGAGGCUGUGGCUCGGCACAAAUCCCCUCUCAUAUACCUGAGACAUCCACAUUCCCCGUUACCUACCAGGCUGCAGGAGCACUAUCAGCACACCGGGACACAUAAAUGGUGGAGGCCGUGGUGGAGUUCGACUAUGAGGCUCAGCAGGACGAUGAGUUGAGCCUGACGGUGGGCGAUAUCAUCGCAAACAUACGGAAGGACGAUGGAGGGUGGUGGGAGGGCGAGCUGGGCGGACGGCGGGGGCUGUUCCCCGACAACUUUGUGAGGGAGAUAAAGAAAGAGGUGAAGAGGGACGCAGGCCAGGCAGGCAUGAUCAGAUCGGACCUUUCCAACGGCAGGGCCAGCCCCGUGUCCGACCCCGGCGUACGACCAGGCAGGAAAGGAGAGCAAAUACGCAAACGGAGAUGUAAGGCCGCGUUCAGCUACGUGCCUCAGCAUGAAGACGAGCUGGAGCUGAAAAUAGGGGACGUCAUUGAGAUCGUAGCAGAGGUAGAGGAGGGCUGGUGGGAGGGAGUUCUUAACGGGAAAACAGGAAUGUUUCCCUCCAAUUUCACCAAAGAGAUCCAGGUGGAGUCGGACACGCCCCCUUUGGACACGCCCACCUCACAGGAGGAGCUCCGCAGCCGCACCAGUAAGGACAGCCCGGGUAGUGAAAGUGACGGAGGAGACAGCCGAUCAGAAACAGGGUCAGAAAUCCAGCCUAAGAAGGUCCGAGGGUUUGGCUUUGGUGACAUCUUCAAGGACCAGCCCAUCAAGCUCAGACCUCGUUCUAUGGAAGUUGACUCAGAAAUGGACAAGGUUAACGAGGUGAAAGCGGCGAGCGCUGCAGCUGAAACCAUGAAGACUGAACCCGACGGCAAAACCAAAGGGCGCGAGCAGUGUAAAGUCCUCUUUCCAUAUGAAGCACAAAAUGAAGAUGAGCUGACGAUCAAAGAGGGGGAUAUCAUCAACAUCAUCACCAGGGAAUGUGCUGAUGCAGGCUGGUGGAUGGGGGAAAUCGGGGGAAGGCAAGGUGUCUUCCCAGAUAACUUUGUGAAGCUGCUCGAAGUUGAGAAAGAGAGACCAAAGAAACCGCCUCCUCCGAGUGCACCGUCGGCUAAACACACCUCAGAGAAAAAGUCUGAGGUCAAGAAGGUUCCUCCUGAGCGUCCUGAACAUCUUCCACAGAGAGACCAGGAUCGAGGUGAAGAGGUGAAGGUCGGAGACAUCCCCAAGCCCUCCCUCCCAACUCUCCUUCCCAAGAAACCCCUCCCCCCAAAGUCAAGCUCCUCCUCUUCCUCCCACCCCCCGCGGCGUCCUGAGAGACCACCCACACUAGCGUGUGAAAGCCCCAAGUCAGAGGGCGGGGCUUCGACACCAGAUUCUGCCCCUGACAGGUCACAUGACACCGAUCUCGACUUGGACGUGGUCAUCUCAUCAACGGAGAAGCUGAAUCAUCCAACAGCGUCGCGGCCGAGAGUCACAGACCGACGGCCUCGUUCACAGAUCCUCACACCGUCUUCUCUGUCCAUCAUAGACCUGGGCCCCCCCGCGGUAGAGGAGAGGAAGGACAAGGAGAGACGGAAGGAGGAGCACGAGCCCAUCUCCACCAGAUCUGCAGACAUUUCCCUGAGGAAAGGAGCUCCCCCCGUUUCUGUACCUGACGUUAAAGUGCCGCUGCCUGCCAAGCCCUCAGUCCUGACCCCACCGAACUCUGUCCAUCGUCCCGUCUCCCCGUCUUCCGCCUCGGGUCUGAGCCCGUCCCCCGAGCUCCGGCACUUGCCGCUGGCCGCCCCAACGCUGGAGGAACUCAGGAACCAGCUCAGAGACCUGAGGGCCUCCAUAGAUCUGCUGAAGAACCAGCACAGGCAGGAGAUGAAGCAGCUGUCCCACGCGCUGGAUGAGGAGAAGAAGAUUCGUCUUAGUUUACAGGUGGAAGUAGAGCACAUAAAGAAGAGCCUCUCGAAAUGAAGCAUCCUCAUCAUCGCGCUCUGAUCACCACAUCGAAGGCCAUCAUCUGAAAAACGUUCUCACUGUUGGCCCAGACACUUGACCCAAAACAAUUUUUGUGCCAAAUGAUCAUCGCGAUCAGCAACAGUUCAGCACCAUGGAAUCAGCCACCUUCACCCCCAACUUCGACGCCGCCUUAUCCUGUGUUUACUUCUUUACGUUUCUUCUAAAAGAGGCUUUUCUGUUCAGUUUACUGCUAUCUUUUCGAAGCUUGCUGUGCCACUGGUACUGACUGACCACGGCCUGUCGCAGAACGAUGAGGCAGAGCCAUGGCUGCCGCGGCAACCUCACUGGUACUUUAUGUUUGAAGGAAACUUUGACCUCCGUAGCCCGGUCAGUUCAGACGACCUCCGUGCUGUUCUGCGUCCACUCUGCGGCCUUCGCCUCUUAUCUGUGUGUGUGUGUGCGUUUGUUUUCCACCCACGCGAGGACUAUAGAUAAACAUUUUCAUAUUAGAGACACUUAGGGGAAAACACAAAUUUCCACAGCAGGAAAGUUCCCACCAUUAAGAAACCACUUUCUUACAGAGAAUCGUGCAACUUAAAAAUGGCUUAUUUAAUUUUUGUUUGUUUGUGUAUUUAACACAACACAAAGCUACAGAACAAAUCAUCAGACAGUGGGUCCAACAACUAAGUCCAGGUCUUGCGUAGCGUUUACGCAACUAACGACAUCUGGGAUCAUAAAUUUGCUCAAGGGUAUUGACGUCGUAGUGACUAAUGUGUCCACUCACCACAGGGCUUUAGGCCACAGCGGAAACAGAAGAAGGAACAUUUAGUUUCUUGGAAAGUUUCUAGACGUUUUGUUUGAAAUGUGUUGUCAUAUGUUUUGGAUCUUGACUUCUUCAAAAGCAUCGUAGGUGGAACAACCAUGCACAGUCACAAGUAUUUUAGUAUUUCUCUGAGAUUACACUUAUCUUUACAUAAUUUACAGUUCAAUUUUUUUUAUCUUAUACCAUUACUGAAUUCAGCCAUUCAGCAAAUUCUGUGAAUUGGACCUCUGUGUGAAUCCUAGUGUAGAUGACAGGUGCGUCAUUUCCACUUUCCAAGGUUUAAAUUUGGCUUUAGAUUAGAAACACAGCUCUAGCUGUGCUCGAUAUUUCUAAAAUACACAGGCAGGUGAUCCUGUUCCAUUAACCCUUUUCAGUAGCAUUAGCAUUGGGGUAUACUGGUAUACCCCAAUGCAAUUUGUUUUAAACUGCAGUCAUAUAUUACACAUCUGAGAGCGUUAAACAUGCAAGCACAUGACAGCUCACCUCACCAGCUCAAUUGUAAGGUCGGAUAUCAGGGAAAAGCUAUAUCAACAAUCAAUUAGCUUGACUGAAAUGAAGGGAAUCGGCUAGCUUGACUCUGUACCAUGGUAACAAAUAAACACACAAUACCUUAUUUAAAUUGUAAAGACAGAAUGUGUAAACUUGGCAUUUCAACACUGUUUUUCAUAAAAAAACAUAAAAGUUUUAGAGGUUAUAGAAGCACAGAAAAAGCUACUGACAAUUUACUUUUCCUUCCAUGUCCCAUUGUUGUAAGAACUGAAAUUAUAAGUGAAAUACUUUGAUACAGAAGAAAAAACAUCACAAUUCUCAGGCAGUUCUGAUGUCUUCCCGUGCAUGACUCAGUAGUUGGUUUUGAUGUCUUAAUUACAAGGUCCUUUUUCUUAAUUAUUUGGGGAGUUUGUUACAUUUUGACUGAGCAAGACAAGGUGUUUUCUGUUUGUAGUCUUCAUGCUAAGCUAUGCUAAGAAUCUACUGCCCCCUGCUGUAUUUUUUAAUGUAGAGACAUGAGAGUGGCAUCAAUCCAAAUAUCAAAUUAUUUCCUGAACAAAACUAAAGACAAAUUAACACGUUAUACACACAUAUAUAAAUGUAUCGCCUUCUGCACAAAAACCUUAUCUUUUUUUUCGUUUUUUGCACUUUUACUCCCUGACUUUAUAAAGCUGAUGAAACACCCCUGAAUCUGGUGAUGUUAAGGACAGGGUUUGAGGAAUGUAGUCAUUGAAAGGUCCUCACAAGUGAAAAAAGAUUCAAAUGUGUGCGAGCAUGUGUGUGGAUGUAUGGUAGCAUGUACGGCUGUUUGCCUCCCUUCCCCAUAUGUGCACAGAAUCUAUGGCAACCCGUCACUGUGGCCUUCCUGUUUUCAAUUCCAAAUCUUUUAUUUCUUUUCUUUUCUGUCUUUCGUAUGACAACAAGAAAACCGCUACGACUGAGGCUACAAGUUGUUUUCUUGACUUGGUCCUUUCUCUCCGGGAUAGUGAUAAAUAUAUAUACUUUUAUAUUUCAGUGUAAUAAAAAUGCUAUUAUGUACUGUA